AUGGAAGUUUAUGGAAGGUUUCUGUACUCCCUUACUCCUACCAAUUUGUGUACUCCCUUACUCCUACCAAUUUGUGUACUCCUUUACUCCUACCAAUUUGUUUACUCCCUUACUCCUACCAAUUUGUGUACUCCCUUACUCCUACCAAUUUGUUUACUCCCUUACUCCUACCAAUUUGUGUACUCCCUUACUCCUACCAAUUUGUGUACUCCCUUACUCCUACCAAUUUGUGUACUUCCUUACUCCUACCAAUUUGUGUACUCACUUACUCCUACCAAUUUGUGUACUCCCUUACUCUUACCAAUUUGUGUACUUCCUUACUCCUACCAAUUUGUGUACUCCCUUACUCCUACCAAUUUGUGUACUUCCUUACUCCUACCAAUUUGUGUACUCCUACCAAUUUGUGCUUCCUUACGCCUACCAAUUUGUGUACUCCUUACUCCCUACCAAUUUUCGUACUCCUUACUCCCUACCAAUUUAUUUUACUCCCUUACUCCUACCAAUUUAACUGCUUCCUUACUCCUACCAAUUUGUGUACUCCCUUACCUCCCUACCAAUUUGUUUACUCCCUUACUCCUACCAAUUUGUAUAGUUUUUGUUCCAUUAUUCAUAUCUAUCUAUCUAUCUAUCUAUCUAUCUAUCUAUCUAUCUAUCUAUCUCAAUAAAAAGAAAUACAAGACAUUGAACGCAUUCUUUUUCUUUUCUUCUUCUUCUUCUUCUUCUUCUUCUUCUUCUUCUUCUUCUUCUUCUUCUUCUUCGUAUUUUGGUAUAUUUCCUUCUUUGGAUAACAUGAAUGUCUCUUCUUCUUUUCAUGCUUCUUUUUUUUUCUUCUUCCGAUUUUCAUAUUGUCGCUUCUUACUUCAACAUCAUUUAUUCCCAUCCUUUUUUAUUAUAAUUUUCUUCUUCGUCUUCUUCUUCUUCUUCUUCUUCUUAUUUUUUUCAUCUUUCCAUCUCCCCUUCUAUAACAUUUAUUUCUCUUCUUUUCCUUCUUCUUCUUCGUACUUUUGUUUUUUUGCUUCUCCUUUCUAUAACAUUUUUUCUCUUCUUCUUUCCCACUUUUUCUUCUUCCUCUUUCUUCUUCUUCUUUUUCUUCUUCUUCGUAUUUUUGUAUAUUCCCUUCUCCUUUCUAUAACAUUCAUUAUUUUUCUUCUUUUAUUUCUUCUUCUUCUUCUUCUUCUUCUUCUUCUUCUACGUAUUUUGGUAUAUUUCGCUUCUUCUUCUCAUGUUUCUUUUUCUUCUUCUUGUUUUCAUAUCGUCGAUUCUUACUUCUACAUCAUGUAUUUCCAUUCUUUUUUAUUAUAA